UAGCUCGCUAAAACAUGCUCGCGAGAUCGCUGAGAACGGGAGCAUGCGUUGCGAUGUUUCCUCGCCACUAUGGAAACCAGCGUCUAUAAGAUCUACAGCCGGUUCGCCUCCCCUUCUCCCGGAUUCCCUUCUCCCUCCUCACAUCGUCUUCGUCCCAUCGUUAAUCAUUCUCCGAUAGCUAGUCUUCGGCUUUCUCCUUUCCUCCCUCUUUAUUCCACAUUCAGACAGCUGCGCUGUUCUUUCGCUUCGCCGUCCCAAAACCCGUUGAUCCCGCUUCGGUCGUUAAAACCCCACUUUCCACACGCUUAGCUAGUCCGUCAUCAUCACCGCCAACAUGCGUUUCUCCAUUGCUCUGAUUGCCGCCGCCGUCUCGGCCGUCCAGGCUGGUGUGUUCACCCAACAGAACUACGACGACAUCUCCAUUUCGGGCGGUGUCGCCGGCAACGCCGAGCAAGAGGCUCUUGCCGUGUUCAGCGCACUCGAUCUCAACAACCUGGCCGCCGCCGACAAGGCCGACAUCGACUUCCUGAAGUCGGUGAACAGAAUCUGCAACGAUGCUGAGACGGAUGCCUUCAACGAGGCCAUCGACGCCGCCUCCGGCGAGGAGGCCGACGCCCUCCAGCGCGGCAAGAUCAAGAACAAGGUCCUGAAGCUCGAGGCCACCUUGAUCCGCCUCCAGAUCGAACAGGCCCAGGGCAAGGACGUGACCAGCCAGAUCGCCAAGGAGCAGAAGAAGCUCAACAACAACAUUGCACAGGACGAGGCUGAGGCGGGCAAGGCGUCGACCUUCCUAUCUUUCGACGCGACGACCGCCUAAGUGGAAUAAGAAGACCGAGGGGGAGGGAGUGGAGUGGGGAGGAAUGGAUUCGCCUUUACGGCCUUAAUUUUUGAUACCGAUGGAAUGAAGAGAUGUCGACCAUAUAAUAUACGUGCCUUGCUCUGACUCCGAAUGCGA